UCCGUACGCCCGCGCGCACCACGCGUCCCGUGAGCCCGCCCGCUCUCGAACUAGCCCGCCGCUCGUCCCGUGUGUGUGUAUCACUGAAAAACUACUCUACGCAUAUCAAACUGCACCAACACAUAUCUAAACAAAGUUUGUGACUACUCCACCCACCGGAUCACAGUUUAAUAACUAUGUUUAAGUGAUUAUCAACAUUAUGGCAAUGAAGAACUGAAUUCUUAGUGUUAAAUAAUUGUUUACUUAGACAUAUCUAUGUUAGCAUAUCAAUAAUAAGUGUUAAUUUAAGUGAGAGUGAAUUAAUUUAUAAGUGAGUAAGACUUUAGUGAAAAUGUCGGAGCGUUUCAAGGUGACGAAGUUUGAUGAGCCUUCAGGGAAGACGUACAAGAACUAUGGAGCUACGUCGGCGGAAAGCGACGUUGAACUGAAAGGAAAGCUCCUACAAGACUCAGGUGACACGGAUGAACAUGGCCUGCCGAAGGAUAAGGACAAGGGAUAUGACACCAAUCUCUAUCUGUACCAUGAGGAGAUGGAAGAUCGCCCUCGCGCGGCAACAUUCCUCAGCUCGCUGGCGGACUACUCCAAUACCAUACCGACGGCGUCGACGGCGGACCCCGACGCCGCGAAGCCCGCGCCGCCUGCGCGCAUGGGCACACUCAUCGGCGUCUACCUACCCUGCAUACAGAACAUCUUCGGCGUCAUUCUCUUCAUCCGUCUCACGUGGGUGGUCGGUACUGCCGGCGCUAUACAAGGCUUCUUAAUUGUACUUACAUGCUGUUGUACGACGAUGCUGACGGCGAUAUCGAUGUCUGCGAUUGCGACUAACGGCGUGGUGCCAGCGGGCGGAUCGUACUUUAUGAUCGGGCGGUCACUGGGCCCAGAGUGCGGAGGCGCAGUCGGCAUGCUCUUCUACACCGGUACCACUCUCGCCGCCGCUAUGUACAUUGUCGGCGCCGUCGAAAUCGUACUGACAUACAUGGCCCCGUGGAUGUCGAUCUUCGGAGAUUUUACAAAGGACCCUGACGCAAUGUACAAUAACUUCCGCGUCUAUGGAACAGGACUCUUGCUUAUAAUGGGUAUGGUGGUGUUCGUCGGAGUGAAAUUCGUCAAUAAAUUCGCAACUAUUGCCCUCGCCUGUGUCAUUCUGUCUAUUAGUGCUGUCUACGCGGGAAUCUUCGUUAAUUUCAACGGAAACACUAAACUUCAAAUGUGCGUUCUCGGAAAACGUCUACUCAAAGAUAUAAACAUAGACAACUGCACAAAGGACGUCGGCGGCGAACUCCAUCAAUUGUUCUGCCCCAAUAACCUUUGCGACCCCUACUAUGCCGCACAUAAUGUUAACAUUGUACAAGGAAUUAAGGGUCUGGCUAGUGGAGUCUUCUUUGACAAUCUUCAAGAUUCAUUCCUCCAACUCGGACAAUAUAUCGCUUACGGCAAAGAACCUGAUGACAUUGAACAAAUGGAGAGACCUACUUAUAAUCAAGUGUAUGCCGACUUGACAACUACUUUUACCAUUUUAAUAGGAAUAUUUUUCCCAUCAGUAACUGGUAUAAUGGCGGGAUCGAAUCGUUCUGGUGAUUUGGCUGACGCUCAAAAAAGUAUCCCGAUCGGAACUAUUUGUGCAAUUUUAACAACUUCGACAGUCUAUUUAUCUUGUGUCUUGCUCUUCGCGGGAACUGUUGACAAUCUAUUGCUUCGUGACAAAUUCGGUCAAUCUAUUGGAGGUAAACUUGUAGUGGCGAACAUGGCUUGGCCAAAUCAAUGGGUGAUCUUAGUCGGCUCGUUCCUCUCGACUCUUGGAGCUGGUCUGCAAUCAUUAACUGGUGCUCCUCGUUUACUGCAAGCAAUUGCCAAAGAUGAAAUUAUACCAUUCUUAGCACCUUUCGCUGUGUCAUCUAGUAGAGGUGAACCUACCAGGGCCCUGCUUUUGACAAUGUUAAUCUGCCAGUGUGGUAUUCUCCUUGGCAACGUUGAUAUCCUCGCCCCACUGCUGUCGAUGUUCUUUUUGAUGUGCUACGGUUUCGUAAAUUUGGCUUGUGCCCUGCAAACAUUAUUAAAGACACCUAAUUGGCGUCCGAGAUUCAAAUAUUAUCACUGGUCUCUGUCACUAGCUGGUUUGACCUUAUGCAUUUCAAUUAUGUUUAUGACAUCAUGGUUUUACGCAUUGAUUGCCAUGGGUAUGGCCGGUCUUAUCUACAAGUACAUUGAAUAUCGUGGAGCGGAAAAGGAAUGGGGUGAUGGAUUACGCGGUCUGGCAUUAUCAGCUGCGCGUUACUCAUUGUUACGUCUAGAAGAAGGUCCACCCCACACUAAGAAUUGGCGGCCACAAGUUUUGGUCCUUGCGAAACUUAACGAUGAUUUGAAUCCUAAAUACCGUAAAAUGUUAGCUUUUGCGAGUCAACUUAAAGCAGGCAAAGGAUUGACAGUUUGCGUGUCUGUGCUUGGUGGCGACUUCCCUCGGCGGGCCGGUGAAUCGCUAACUGCCAGACAAAAUCUCCGUAAAGCCAUGGACGCAGAAAAAGUUAAAGGAUUUGUAGAUGUUCUUGUAUCCCACAACAUUGCUGAUGGGCUGAGUCACUUCGUCCAGACAAGUGGGUUGGGCGGGCUCAAACCAAACACCGUAAUACUUGGCUGGCCUUACGGUUGGAGGCAAUCGGAAGACAAGCGAACUUGGGAAGUGUUUCUAGACACUGUGCGCGCUGUCACCGCUGCUCGAAUGGUCAUGCUUGUACCGAAAGGCAUAAACUUCUUCCCUGAUAGCACUGAAAAGGUUGCUGGCAACAUUGAUAUUUGGUGGAUAGUUCACGACGGUGGUAUGUUGAUGUUGUUGCCAUUCCUGCUGAAACAGCACCGCACCUGGAAAAAUUGUAAGAUGCGCAUUUUCACUGUUGCGUUGAUGGAAGACAACUCUAUACAAAUGAAGAAAGAUCUCAAGAUGUUCCUCUAUCAACUCCGUCUUGAAGCUGAAGUAGAAGUAGUUGAAAUGACUGAUAGUGACAUCUCUGCUUACACCUAUGAGCGAACUUUAAUGAUGGAACAACGCAACCAAAUGCUACGCGAACUUAGACUGAACAAAAAAGAAACACUCGGGAUGAUGCAAAAUUUGGUGGACUAUCAUGAACCAAACGCCGAAGAGAAGUUACCUCUGGUGCAAGCGAUUGUUGACCAUCACCAUGCCGACGUGAAGACGGCCAGCAAGGUCCGAUUCGCGGAACCCGGAACUGGUGAGCCCGGCCCCGAAGAUGCUCCUUCACCACCACUGACAGAUAAUGAUGAAAAGGACAAAGACGAUAAGUCGCAGUGCGAGGGCGCGCCGUCCCCGCCACUCGACGCUGAAAGAAACAAGGAGGCCGGAGCCAACGGGGACGUCCUCAACUCCAAACCUAACCUCCCUAACAUUACACCUGACGAAGGUACGGUGAGGAAGAUGCACACGGCGGUGAAGCUGAACGAAGUGAUAGUGUCGCGGUCCCACGACGCACAACUAGUGAUACUCAACCUGCCUGGCCCGCCCAGAGACACCGAGCUAGAAAUGGAAUCCAACUACAUGGAAUUCCUGGAAGUGCUGACGGAGGGUCUGGAGAAGGUAUUGAUGGUGCGCGGCGGCGGGCGCGAGGUCAUCACCAUCUACUCGUGAACGCGAAGCGCAACUCAACACACAAAUUAUGGCAAUACUAAAUUAAUCUUAAUCGAUAAAAAUCGAUCUAAAUAUCGAUUACGCAAAUAGGCGUCUCUACUGUAAUAGCUCUUUGUGAUUAUUUAAAAUUAACAACAAUUCUGUUAUUAAACAUUUAUUUAGGGCAUUGCUCACGAAAGACUAGAAAAUUAUUAUGUUCGUAUUUGUUUUUAGACACGUCUCUUUACAAGAUCAAAUGACAUACGUUUGAUUCUUAAGUGUUAGAUUAAAUCUAAAUUUUGUUGAAUUUGGAGCUUAGAAUGAUAAUUUUUUAAAUUUAUUCAAUGUUGUAUAGAUUAUGUAUGAGUAUUUCGUAUGAAUCUAAUGAGCCUUAACUAGACGUUAACUCUACUUUCGUUUGUUACAUAGUGUAGCUAAGUACACUCGGUAGUCACUUUGUUACGGUACGUGUCAUAUCGUUUUUAAUUUUAUGGUUGUUACAAACAUAUUUACUUAUCUAAAAAAUUGACUUUACUUUUAUUUUCUAUACAUAUUAAAAAAAAACGUAGUCACUUUGUAAUCGUAUACAAGACCGUAAACAAUUUUAUCUAUAACGUAUUUUGUAAAUAGAUAUUCUGUUCUAAGAUUUUACAUCUGCUCAACUUAAAACUUACCAUGGGACUGAAGAUUCAAAUUUAUAUAUUUAAUUCCUUAUAUUCUGGUAAAUGUAGAGAUGAAUGAAUUAAACGUAAUGUCUAGUCACUUGCUGCAUUUGCCGUGAGCAGGCGGAGAAAGCUGAAUCAAAUACAAUUGGGCAUUUUUAAUCUUUAUCGGAUUAAUAUUUAAUUAAUUCAAUUUUAUUCAAAAUAAGCGUGGUUUCCUCAUGGGAUCACUGUAUGGUUUUAUGGUGAGUGGAUUCAAAUUUAUCUACUGAAUUUUGAAAUAUUGAAAUCUUUGCUGCGAGGUGGUAAAUAAGAAUUACCAUCUGGUGUUUAGGAUAUCUAUCGUGUUAGAUAAAUCUUGUGGCAACAUACCGUUAGUGUCUAAACUUAUAAACUUAUUACGCACAUUCGCGUAGAUAGAUUAUUUCUUACUGUGAUGCUUUAUAUUUAACGUUAUGGUCAUCAGAACUUUUACUAUAUUUUCACUGUUGGAGUAAAGUUAGGUGCGAGUGGUGUGAUUUUAUUAGUACUUGGUAGCGCCCUUUCGUAAGUACUAUAAACAUACGCACGAAGGAGACGCUUGUGAAAUUUUAAAACGUUUAAAAUUACGACACAAUUCAAUAUGAUUAAGUUCGGAUGUUGUCAGAUGUGUCGUGCACUGAAAUUAUAAGUAAGAGUAGACGAUUCCUAGAAAUUAUAUAAUUAAAUAUAUUUCUUCUGAAUAAAGUAUCAAUGAUGCUGUAGAUACUAUGAAAAACAUUUUACAUUGAACUAACAACAGUCUUAAUAUAUACUUUUAUUUAAAAAGGAUAAAGCGUUUAAAAACUCAUAUUAAUUGUAUUAUCUGUUUACGCCGUGUGUCAAAUAAUUUUGAACUCAAGUUUUAAGCGAUCCUCGUAUGGAUGGACCCUUCAAAUCAAAACUAUUCGUCAAUUUUAAUUUGUAUAACUCCGUAUUUAACAAUAAUUAUACAUUCUAUAUAUAAAGUUAGGUAACUGCCAAAUAGGAGUCGAUGUCUUAUUAUCCUAGUCCUUAAGAGGUUAGCAAUUAAUUCUAAACAAUUUCAUGGUUCAAAAUUUCAUAUUCCUAGGAGAUUAGAUCAAGUAAUAAAUAGUCAUAAGAAAUCUAAUGCAUGAUAUCACUUUUGAUUAUUAAUAGUUAGAGAAAAUAGUGUCGUAGUUUCAGCAUUUGAAGUGUUGACAAAAUGUUUUACGCUCUCCCGGAUCAUAUAUUUAAGACGAGUUAGAAUUCUUAACGUUGUCUUAAAGUUAAAGCUGGAUUUGACUCUCGUCACAGUUUCCGAUCUGUGGAUUAUAAUAAGAUAGCAUUCUAAAUGGAAAGCAUUCCAACUUACAAUCUGCUCUGUAAACUCCGUUGUAUUCGAUUUCUCGCUCGAAAACUGCCGUUUAUUUUUCACUAUAAACUUAUUCGUGAUACUUUUUGUGAUCUUCAAAAAGUUAAAUCAUUCAACUUAAGUGAACUUUACUUAAUAAAAUUAAGUCUAAAUGAUUCUAAAUAUUAAAAUGAUAGUAGGGCUGUUUUAAA